AUGGUCUUGCGAAUAUCGGACAAGGAAUCAGAAGAGGCGAACUUUGCCUCGUCCCACUCGAAAUCGGUAACGUACUCGAUGAUGUCGACACCGUCGACGGUAGGAAUUGCAGAGGAGGAUACAGUGAGAUCGCGGUACUGCCUGAGGACGCGAUCGACGGUUGACUCGAGAUUCUUUUCAUCGCGGGUAAUGGCAUCGGCGACGGAAAUGAGGGAGUCGAGAGUCCCGACUCGAAACUCAGGAAGCUGGAGAAGAUGGGCAUUGCAGAGUCCCAACUUGGCUUCAAGAGAAUCUUUGAUGGAAGCAAAGGAAGAUCGACCACCCUCAUUUGGGGCCGAAACGACCCACCACUUGGACGUCAUGAUUUGUCAAGGUGUGGGGGGAAUGGAGAGUACGAGCCCGUGA